AUGGAAGUUGAUAGUGAAAAGAAUAACGAAGAUUGUAAACUAGAUUUUGAGAUUGUGAGAACGAUAUGUCGCUGUUGUCUAUCCAAGGACAGACGUGGAACUAAUGUAAAAUUAUAUAGUGAUUUAUUUUAUGAUUUAGCCGGUGUUACGGUAACCGAGUCAGAUGGCCUUCCCCAGUGGUUAUGCUGGGAGUGCGCUGCACUUCUCCAGAAGGCUGUACGGUUCAAACAAAAGCUACAACGAGCUAACAUAUUGCUGUAUGAGUACUUAACUAGAUGUGCACCGUUCCCAAUAGAUGCCCAGGACCCAGAACUGAACAAAUAUGAGCGCCCCCACCUGUGUGCCACUCAAACGUUGGCGUUUGAUACUGGGGGCAGAAGCAAAACUGGUUUCCUUAAGGUCCUAGAGCACGAAAAGCAAAUACAGAAUCCGGCACUAGAUGAAAUCAGUUUACCGCCAUUGUUGAAAAAGACAGAGGAAUGUGUUAAAGAAGAAACUGGUUUCUCAGAUUAUGACGACAACAUAACUCUGGAAGAGUACAGAUGGAACAACCCCAAGUCAGAAAAUGAGGAGUCACCGACAAAACCAAACGCUGACAGCGUGGACCUCCUAGUGGAAAGGGACCCUAAGAGAAAGAAGAAGACGAGAAGGAAGGAUGAGAAAGGGAAAAAGAAGAAGCCAAUCGCAGAAGCAACAGGCGAGGGUCAAGAAGAGAAGAAGCCAGAACGGAAGACCUCCAUUAGGAAACCGGUGGAACUGGACCCGACGAAGAUCAGGAUAGUCGUGUUAAACCCCGAAGAGCAGAUCAAACAGAGAGAGGAAGAGAGCAAGGCUGUGCUAAAGUUUCCAUUCCAAUGUAAUCUCUGCUUUAAGGGCUUCAACUUUGAGUCCAAAUUGCAAAACCACAUGACCAAGCACAGUCCGUCGAGGGGCACGUUCAAGUGCGAGCUGUGCCGCAUGUACCUGCCGACCGCAUACAGCGCUAGCGUUCACGCUUUGAUCCACACGCGCCGCUACGAGUGUCUACGCUGCGGCAGGCGCAUGACCGACCGCGCCUCCAUCCUCGACCACUACAGCUCACAGCACGAGGGUUUGCUCAAACUCUACACGUGCCAGCUCUGCGGGAAAGUAUCCAACAACAGCAAGACCCACCGGGGCCACAUGCGGAACCACCACUCUGGGGACAGGCCGAGGUGCGAGCAGUGCGGCAAGAGUUUCGUCAACAAAGACUCCCUGGCUGAGCACCAGCAGAUCCACCAGGGCAUAAAGAACUACGAGUGCGCCGAGUGCGGCGCCCGGUUUCGAACCCGCACCCAGAUUAAGCACCACCAAAGGAGGCACUCCGACCUCAAGGAGUACUACUGCGUCGAGUGCGACACCAGGUUCAAAUCCGCCCACAGCCUGAGACAGCACCUGCAGAGGAGCCUCAAGCACAUGGACACGCAGAACCUCAAGUACCGCUGCGGGCGCUGCGAGAAGCGCUUCGAGUCGGAGCGCGCGCUGCGCCACCACACGAGCGUGCAGCACGAGGGCGUGCGCGCGCACCGCUGCGCGCAGUGCCCCAAGGCGCUGGCCACGCGCAACUCGCUCGCCAAGCACGUGCGCGCCGUGCACGCCGGCAAACGCCCGCCGCCCGGACACGUGUGCGACACGUGCGGCAGGGCCUUCCGGGGCAAGAGCGUGCUGACGAACCACGUGCGCACGCACACGGGCGAGAAGCCGUUCGCGUGCGCCGAGUGCGGGCGCCGCUUCUCGCAGCGCACCGCCAUGCGCACGCACCUGCGCCUCGUGCACCUCAAGCUGCGCCGCAGCGCCAAGAUCAAGCCGGAACUGCCCCAGGAGCCCCAGGAGCCGAAGCUGGCGGAGCCCUUCGCGAAGGAGGAGGCGCCCCUGGCCUUCGAGGAGUGGGAGAGGCCCCAGGUGCAGCCGUGCGACGUGUACUUCAGGGUCACGGCGGGACCC